AUGGCAGGAAGAAGGACACCAAGACGUCGAAGAGUUGAGAUGAAGCAGGUUGAAAAUGAGGAAGAUAAGCUCAUCACAUUUUCCAAACGUAGAUCUGGUAUCUACAAAAAAGCAAGCGAACUUGUGACCCUUUGUGGUUCGGAGGUGGGAGUAGCAAUAUUCUCUCCUAGCGGAAAACCCUAUUCUUUUGCUCAUCCAUCCAUCGACUCAAUUGCAAACCGAUUCCGCAACCGAAAUCAUCCGCAAAAUGUCGGUGCCAACAACUUGGUGGAGUCCUAUCGUAGACUCCGUAUUGAUGAGCUCAAUCAACAACACGAUGAGCUCGUUGAUCAAAUCAAUGAUGACAAGGCACGGGGCAAAACGCUAAAGCAAAUGACUGAAGAACGGGACGGGGAGGGAUGGUGGGAAGCUCCCAUCGAAGAGCUCAGCUUGGAAGAGCUCAAGCAAAUGAAGGCACGAAUGGUGGAGCUUCGGCGGAAUUUGCAGGGUUCAAUCACUGUAAGGAAUCAAGGAGCUCCAUCAAGCGAAGGAGAGACUUCAAAUCAGAGAAACAAUCCAUCAGCAACCAUCGCAUGA